GGUCGUUUCCGGUUGCACUGCACACAUUUGAAAAUGGUCCGUUAGAUGUUUAGGGGGGGUCGAUCGUGAUUGUUAAAAGACGGCGUCCACAAUGUUGCCAAAAGUGGAACUUUGAGAAUAACAAAGAUUUUGAAAUAGGAGUCUUCAAAUAAUAUCGGCCCUUUCUUUGUAAGAGUUCAACCAUGGCUCAGCGUGUGGCAGUAUCAGAUGGGGGAAACAAGAAGUCCUCCAGGGUUCGGGUAGCGGUUCGUCUGCGACCGUAUAUGGACAAGCAAGAUGGAAAAGGCGAGGGGCCGUGUGUGAGAGGCCUGGACUCCCAGAACCUGGAAAUAAUCAACUGGAGGAACGCAACAGAAACAGUCAAAUACCAUUUUGAUGCUUUUCAUGGUGAGCAAACGACACAGCAAGAGGUUUUCCUCUCAUCGGUGAAGCCUAUUCUACCACACAUACUGAAUGGACAAAAUGCCAGUGUGUUCGCCUAUGGGCCGACAGGAGCAGGUAAGACCCACACCAUGUUGGGCAGUUCAGAACAGCCAGGUGUGAUUCCCCGAGCCGUUGGUGAGGUUUUCAAGCUGGUUAAAGCAGAGGAUGAGGGAUGGGACUACAGCAUUGGCAUGUCUUAUUUGGAAAUUUACAAUGAGAAGGUGCUAGAUCUUCUAUCACCGAGCUCCCAAGAUCUGCCAAUCAGAGAGGACAAGGACAAGAACAUCUUUAUCCCCGGCCUUACGCACACAACAAUUACCUCCUUCAACGAUUUUGACAAACAAUUUGUCCCGGCCAGCCUCAAUCGUACUACAGCUUCUACCAAACUAAACCAGCGCUCCAGCCGCAGCCAUGCUAUUCUCCUCAUCAAGGUUGUACGCACUCAGUGUGCCUUACCGCACCGGCAACAGACAGGCAAGCUGUACUUGGUCGACCUGGCUGGUUCUGAGGACAACCGCCGCACCGGCAACCAGGGCAUCCGCCUGAAGGAGAGUGGUGCCAUCAACCUGUCCCUCUUCACUCUGAGCAAAGUGGUGGACUCUCUUAACUCGGGCACUGCUGUCCGUGUGCCAUACAGAGACAGUAAACUAACAAGGCUGCUACAGGACUCUCUGGGUGGCUCUGCACACUCUGUCAUGAUCACCAAUAUUGCACCGGAGUACAAAUACUACUUUGAUACGUUUAAUGCCCUCAAUUUUGCCGCCAAAUCCAAGCUCAUUGUGAACAAGCCCUUCACCCGAGAAACUGUGGCUAUGCCUGUGCUGCCAGUGAAGCGGGCCAGAGAGGACGACGAGGCGAGGGGGUCUGGCACUCAGCCACAUAAGAAAAGGCAGAAAGAGGAGAAGAAAACAGAACAGGAUGGUUCAUCACCUUCUGCACAUUUUCACAGCCUGUCAGAGCCAUCAGUGAUGGACAGACUAAUAGCUCUGGAGAAGCUGAUGAUGAGCUGCCAGGACAAAGAUAAAACCAGCAUGCUGAAAGAUGUGGCCCAGUCUCGCAAGGAGAUCCAGGAGCUCAAAGAGAAGCAGAGGGAGUUUGAGAGCAAGGCCCUCCUAUUCAGUCGGUUGGCUGAAGAAAAGUCCAGUACCAAACAAGAACCUGUCUUCAAGGACAACAUGGCUCCUCUGCAAAGAAAACAUACAAAUGCUGCAAAACCCAAAAAGCAGCAGGCUGUGGUCCAACCCCUACAAGUGACCCAGCUUCAACCUCUUCAGCAGCUUGCAGUCGGCAAAAAACAGUCAGUCUGCCUCAAGAAGAAAGAGAAGAAGCUUUCCGACCAGGUUGAGCCUCCAGAUGGCAAAGAGAACAGGAUGGAGAAUGACUGGGAGUCCCAACUUGAGACAUCUGUGCUGGAGCAGUCCAGGCAGAAAAUCCUGCAGGUUCUCAACUCCGGCUCACUCAAAGAGCUGAAAGGUCUUCAGCAGAUCGGCGACAAGAAGGCAAAGCUCAUCCUGGGCUGGAGGGAGAUCCACGGUCACUUUACAAAGUUGGAAGAUCUGGCAAAAGUUGAGGGUAUGACAGAAAAGCGAUUUUCCUCCUUCAUGAAGGCAAACAUCCUGAGCGCCAUGGGAAAGUGAUUUUUAAAUUUUUUUUAAUUUUAGUGUACAUAAUUUUUUAUCAGAAUUUUUUUAUUUGUCAUUUAUGCGUGGUUUCAUGAUGUUUUUGUAGUUACAACUGUGUUCCAGCUGAUGGCGCACUAAUGCUUUUAAUAAACGUCUCUCAUAUCA